CCGCAGCCAUAAAUACUUCAAUGCUCGCCGCAAUCACCAACCUUCUAUCGCCACUCGCCUGACAACUGUGCAAUCUCUCUUAUCGCUUCCUAAUUUCCAUCCACAUCCCUUCACCAUGACACCUACGAUCUUCUUCGUCCCCGGGUUCUGGGAAGGACCCUCCGUUUUCGAACACGUCGCCUCCCUGCUGAGAGCAGAUGGCUUCACGACCGAAAUCACCACUCUGCCCAGCACGGGCACCGUCUCGCCCGGCAACCCCUCCAUGGCCGAUGAUGUUGCCGCCAUCCGCGAGCACCUGACGAAGGUGGUCGAGCGCGGGGAGGAGGUGAUCCUCGUGUUACAUUCCGGGGGCGGAAUUCUUGGCAGCGAGGCGAUGAAAGGGCUCGACAAGACCGCGCGGGGCGGAAACGGCGGAGUGGUCAAGAUUGUGUUCCUGGUGGGCGCGGUGUUCCCCGAAGGGCACGAGCACCAACCGCUGCCGUUUGCCGUGGUCGAGGGUGGUGCGUGCUACUGCGCACAACCGGAAGUCCUCCUUCUGGACGAUCUCGCAGAGGCGGAUAAGGGAAAGUGGUUGGCAGCGCUCAAGCCCCAGCCGGCGGAAGGGUGGGAUGGCAAGGUCAAUUACACCGGGUGGAAGGAUGUCCCUAGCGUGUACCUGAUCUGCGAGGGGGAUAAGUUGCUCCCCGUGCCGCUGCAGGAGCAGCUGGCUGGUCUGGCUGGCAGCGAGAUUGAACGGUGCAGUGCGGGCCAUAUGCCGCAACUGAGCCAGCCUGACCGGGUGGUCGAGGUAAUCAAGGCGGCAGCGAUAUGAGCACGGAUUUUUGAAUGGGGAUUGUAUAUAAGCUGUCGGAGACGAUGAACAUACUUUUCAUCAACAACUCACGGGCUCUUCGCAUUCUUUUAAUAUGCAGCGACCAUGAUAACACCUGGAUCAAUCAAUCAAUCAAUAUG